UAGCAUAUAACAGAGACACUGACUUUCCAGGAGAAGCUCAGUGGAACCUGUCCUGAAGCUGAAUAGCAUUCGUCGCAGGAAACCAUUACCGAAGAAGCUAAUUUCUGUUUAAAACAGAGCAGGGGAUCCAACAGCUCACCCAUGGGUGUCCUGAGGACAAGAACUAAACAGAAACAGAUACAUGCAUUCAUUUGCUUGUGCAUAGUUGGCUUCAUCUUCUACAAGUAUCUGGGAUUCUUUCAGAGCUCAUCACAAACGGACUUGAAGAAGAUGAGGAAGAUGGGCCUGAACACCAACUUAUCCCAGUUCACUCUGGAUGGGAAGCCCUUCUUCAUCCUCGGGGGAUCCGUUCACUAUUUCCGUGUGCCCAGGCCGUACUGGAGAGACCGACUGUUGAAGAUGAUGGCCUGUGGCAUCAACACCCUAACUACGCAUGUUCCAUGGAGUCUGCACCAGCCGGAGAAGGGCGUGUUCAACUUCCACACACAGUUGGAUUUAGAAGCAUUCAUAUCUCUGGCAGCUGAGCUGGGGUUGUGGGUUAUUUUAUGCCCUGGUCCCUAUAUUUCUGCCGACAUGGACCUGGGAGGACUGCCAAGCUGGCUCCUCAGAGACGACAGUAUGAGACUAAGGACCACUCACCCUGGCUUCAUUCAGGCUGUCAACACCUAUUUUGACAAACUUAUACCAAAAGUGGUUCCAUUUCAGUUCCACAAAGGGGGUCCUAUUAUUGCAGUGCAGAUUGAAAAUGAAUAUGGAUCUUUUGCAAAGGAUGAAAAGUACAUGUUAUUCAUUAAAGAGGCUUUAUGGUCCAGAGGAAUCAGAGAGGUCUUGCUCACAUCAGAUAAAAGCAACUCAUUUAAGUUGGGGGGUGUUGUUGGAGCUCUCCGGGCAGUAAAGCUACGGAAAAUGAAUCAGAGAAUCAUCCAGGAGCUGAACUCUGUCAAGCCCAACAAGCCUUUCUUGGUGAUGGAAUACUGGACUGGCUGGUAUGAUACAUGGGGGGAACUUCACCAUGUGCUGCCUCCCGAAGACACGGUGUCCACAGUAAGGAAUAUUCUGAGAAGAGGCAUGUCUGUCAAUCUGCACAUGUUCCACGGAGGAUCCAGUUUUGGCUUCAUGAACGGAGCAGAUUCUGAUCUUUCCUAUAAAGCUUUGGUCUCCAGCUAUGAUUAUGAUGCUCCGUUAUCUGAAGCAGGGGGAUACACUGCAAAGUAUCACCUUCUAAGGGAUUUAUUUUCUCAAUUCAGACCAGAAGGUAACAGCCUCCCAGACAUGCCGAAGUUGCGUUACAGUGAUUCCUAUGAAACUGCCAUUAUGUACCAGCAUCUCUCAUUAUGGGAUGCUUUAAGCUUCACUGAGAGUCCUUUCACAUCCUCCAAGCCAGUAAAUAUGGAGAACCUACCUGCAAACAAUGGCAACGGCCAGUCAUAUGGCUACACUCUGUAUGAGACCACCAUCACUAGCGGAGGGAUUCUACAGUCAGGUGACAAUGUUCGGGAUUGUGCUCUGGUGUAUGUAGACAAGAAAUAUAUUGGUCUUUUGAAGCGCAAGAUCCUUGAGCUGGCUGUUCCUGAUGGUAAGGAAGAGCGGACUUUGAGCUUCCUGGUUGAAAACCGUGGACGAGUUCACAGAGGAAGAAACCUUGACAAACAGCGUAAAGGUCUGGUGGGGGACAUUUUAUUCAACGGCAUCCCCUUGCGGGGUUUUACAACAUACAGCCUGGAUAUGAAAUUCGACUUUAUUGAAAGUCUUAAUCAGGCAUCUUGGAAAAAUCUCCCAGAAACUCCCAGCUUUCCUGGAUUUUUUAUGGGAAGAGUGUUUGUGUACAGCUAUCCGAGUGACACGUUUGUGAAGCUGCCAGGCUGGGGAAAAGGUGUUGUGUUCAUAAACAGUCUGAAUCUUGGUCGCUAUUGGUCAGUGGGCCCACAGCAGUCUCUCUACCUCCCUGGGCCCUUUCUCCACAGUGGAGUAAACCAGAUCGUUGUCUUUGAGGAGAUGGAGGGAGACUACUAUGUCCACUUUGAGGAUUCACCUGAUCUGGGCAUGGAAGUAGAAAUCGACUGAACAUCUGGGUGUGAAAGUGAUCUACAUCUUGAUGUAUAACAUGUGCAUUAAUUAUUUAUUUUCUAAUUUUUACAAAAUGUUUUUUACUGUGAUUGUAUUUAAAUAAACAGUCAUCAAUG